CGAAAUGAUAUCAAAUAGCAUGUGGUCAUGGUGGUCGGAACUUACCGGUAACAAAGAAGAGCUCACUCUCGCAUUACUCGCUAUUUCAAUCAUCACGGUGGUUGUUUCAUGGUACAGAUCUAGGAAGCAUACUUUCCCGUUACCGCCGGGACCUCGUGGGUUGCCGGUGGUGGGGUACCUCCCGUUUCUAGAUGUAAAUCUGCACCAUGAAUUCACCAAAAUGGCUCAACGUUAUGGCCCCAUUUUCAAGCUCAAGCUCGGAAGUAAAACCCACAUCGUCGUCAGCUCCUCAGACCUGGCUAAAGUUGUAGUCCGUGAACAGGACGACAUUUUUGCCAACCGAGACCCACCGGUGACCGGAAUAGCCAUCACAUACGGUGGCCAAAGUAUUGUUUGGUCAAACAACAACUCCCAAUGGCGUAACAUGCGUAAAGUGUUCGCGUAUGAAGUCCUCAGCAACAAGAAUCUGGAAGCUUCUCAGAUUUUCCGGCGAGGUGAAGUGAGGAAAACUGUGAAGCGUAUGUAUGAAACUAUGGGGACGGAGGUGGACAUCGGAGGGAUAACGUUUCUGUCGUCGCUGAACGUCGUAACGAGCAUGAUGUGGGGGAAAAGUCUGGUUGAUGAAGAGAAAAGUAAGGAUCUUGGAGUGGAACUCCGGGAAGUGAUCUCGAAGAUAGUGGAGCUUCUGGGGACGGCGAACGUGUCGGACCUUUUUCCGGUGGUGGCGAGAUUGGAUUUACAGGGCCUGUUACGAGAAAUGAAACGGCAAAAGAAGGUGUUGGAAGGGAUUUUCGACAGGAUCAUGAAUGAACGAAUAGCGACCAAAGUGGAAGAAGGAGGAGAGCAAGCAGGAAGAAAAGAUUUCUUGCAGAUUUUACUGGAGCUUAAAGGGGAAAAUACAGCAUCCUCCUUCACAUUUGAUCAAAUAAAAGGCCUCUUCACGGAAAUUAUAACCGGAGGAACAGAUACAACAUCAACAAUGGCAGAAUGGAUAAUGGCCGAGCUUCUACAAAAUCCAAAGAUAUUGAAGAUGGUACAAGACGAAUUAGAAGAAGUCGUAGGCUUGAGCAACAUUGUCGAAGAAUCUCACAUUUCAAAAUUAUAUUAUCUAGAUGCAGUGAUUAAAGAAACAUUUCGAUUACACCCUCCACUUCCUCUUUUGAUCACGCGCUGCCCAAAUCAAUCUUGCAGCGUAGGUGGAUACACAGUACCAAAGGGUGCCAACGUAUAUUUGAAUGUUUGGGCCAUACAUAGGAAUCCUGAAUAUUGGGACAAUCCUUUGGAAUUCAAUCCUAAAAGGUUCAUAAAUCCCGACGGAACAUCCAAAUAUGAUUACAAUGGAUAUAAUUUCAACUAUAUCCCGUUUGGAUCCGGUAGAAGAAAGUGCCCUGGAGUACGUUUGGGAGAGAAAAUGUUGGUUUAUCUUUUGGCUUCGUUGUUGCACUCAUUUAACUGGACUUUGCCAACUGACAAAGAGCACGACCUCUCUGAUAAAUUCGGCAUUGUCUUAAAGAAAAGAAAACCUCUAAUAGCCAUCCCUUCCCAAAGGUUAUCAGAUAAAAACCUCUACGAGUGAUAGAAACUGUUACUAUGUGAAUUUUAAUGUGUAAUAAUUUCUCAAGGUAUAGUAGUGUGCAAAAGGAAGUAUGAGA